UGCAUUUACAGGACAGGUCAGUUCGAUAGGGAUAAGAAAAAUUAUAUAUAAGGCUACUGUAUACAUUAAAUCCGCCCUAGAGAUAUCCGGACAUGGAUCAGGUCGUGCCUUUCGGCUCAGCAGCCUUGACAUCCGUACUUUGAUUUUCAUUCCUAAACGAAAAAGACACACAAAGCAAAAGGAGAUGAAGCGGAUAUAAGCCUACAGUAUGUGUGUAGGGUCUCUCUUGGGCUGGGACACUGUGCGGAAGGAGGCGUGACGACCUGCUGGCCAUGUCACAGCAGGAGCAAGCGCAACAGCGGCUCUUUUUCUCUAUUGGAAAUCAGGCAUACAGCUUCGUGGCAUGGAGCGAUAGAAAAAGAACUAUUGCAAAUGUCUUUUCGAGGUAAAACAUAGAAGAACGCUCGGAAAUGGACGAAGGCCAUGAAGAGACAUUGAAAGAAGGAUUGAGAGAACAGUCGACUCAUACCCUGCCUCCUCACUACACCGCUUCCCCUCCUUUUUUUUUUUUUUUUUUUUUUUUUAGUUUCGAAUGGUUCGUCUUGUGGUGUCGUUUGAAAUUAUUGUAGUGAUGGACGUGAAAAAACAAAACAAGAAGAGUGGUGCGCGAAUAAUGUGAAAUGACAACAGGUUUGUGUGUUAGUUGAAAUGUCGACUCGGAACACUAGCGUGAAUAGUAGCAGCGAAUCCGCCUGUCAACUGAUGAACGAACAUUUCGAUAUCACAACGGGUGUCAUCGUUUCGUGCAACUUACUCAUCUCGUUGUUUGCCACUUUUGGCAAUCUCCUCGUCAUUGUGGCUGUGGUUCGUUAUUCCAUCCUACGGACGCCUACCAAUCAUUUCGUGGCCGCUCUCGCGCUGGCCGAUCUCUUGGUCGGACUCGUCAUUCCGUUCUACGUUUCAUUCUAUUUCGAUCUACCCGAUUACGCUUGCAACCCGACCAUUUGCCAAAUUAAGAACUUUGUAGCCAUGUGGACGACGUUGUGCUCUUUCAUGUUACUCAUCGGCGUCGCGCUCGAUCGCUAUGUGUCCAUUAUUCAUCCGUUGGCGUAUCCAAGGCUCGUCAGUCGACGGAUCUCACGAUCCAUUGUCGCUUUUGUUUGUCUUUAUGUCACUGGCUUUGUGAGUUUACCCUACCUUUGGACUGGAGCCCUUAAGGAUUUAACAGUCAUGACCGAGUGUGAUUUGGUCUACAUCUCGGCCGCCAGCUACGCCAUUUUGUUCUGCGCCCAUUUGGCUCUCUCCCUCACCGUCACCACUUUACUUUACGCUCACAUUUUCAGGGAGGCUUGGCGCCAGAAUCGUCACCAUCUGCAUCGCGAGGCCAAAACCGCUCUCAUGAUGGUGUUAAUCUUCGGAGUGAACAUCGUGAGCACUUUACCUUAUCUGAUCGUGGUCGGCAUCCGAUACAGACACAACGAACAAAUCGACCAAACGGCACUCAGCCGCGCUAAAAAGGUUGUCAUGAUCUUGUAUUUUGGAAAAUCAGCCAUCAAUCCUCUCAUUUACGGCUGGAAAAACCGUGAAUUUCGCUUGGCUUUCGCGCGUUUAUUACGUUACGUUCCUUGUUCCAAGUGGGCGAUGGAACGCUCCUUGAGUUCAAUGGAAGUCGCCGCAGGAAUGGGAUCCAGGGCUGGAUCUAUCCAGCAAUCCGAGCGGCGGCGAUCGAGUAAAAUCUAUCAACUAGAACUGCCACCUAUCGAGUGGACGAUGAACGCAAACGAACUACCCGGUGAAUAUCUCCAGCAAGCACCAUUCGCAGCAGACGAACAUCACGUCACGCACUUGUAAAAUUCCAAUUCAAUCGAUGACGAUGGCUGUGUUUCAAAAUUUUUUCGCUCAGUUCUCGGAUACGCCAAGGAUUGUUCAAGUCAAUUCCCUCGACCCUCGGUUUUUAUGUUUAUAGACUGCUUGUCCUUACGCUGGUAAAAUGUUUAAUAUGAUAUCCGAUAGACUGUUAUUCUAAAUAGCAAUUGGAAUGUGUUCAUGUAAUGUUUAUAACCAGGUUUUAUGUUAUUUGUAUUUCCUCGUUACCCGUCUGUAACGCAAGCUAAUACUCGUUUCAUUGUCAAAUCAAACACGUUUCGCAAAUAGCACCUAACUGGCCGAAAUUCCAUUUUCUGCCGAUUGACGUAAUCGCCAAAAAACAUGAAUCAUCUUGUGUGGCACAAAUUUUUAAAAAUCCUUAUUCCACCUUCCAUUCCAUUUAUGUACCUAUUCUCGUGGCCCUGUAACAGAAGUGUUCAAUCUUAUAUCUGUUUUUCAAAACAGUCGAGUUCGAUGUACGCAAGUCUGUUCGUACGAAUCUUUAUUUCAUAAACAGACGACAA